UCACUCUGCGCCUGCUGCGCGCGUCGAGCGCCGCCACCGCCGGGCCGUGGAGGGAGUGAGGGAGGGCAGCCCUGCCCGGGCGCUGGUCGUGCCCCGCGCUAAAUUUAAAAACGUAACAUCCGCCCAGGCUGGUCCCGGAAGCGAAAGGAACCCGCCCCGCGGGCCGAGCUGCCGCGCCGCCCGGUCAGGCCCUGCUCCCGCCAUUUUCGGCGCGGAGGGGGCUGCGGUGGCGGCGCCGCUUGGGCCCGAGAAGGCGGGCGGCAUGGCCGCCGACCUCGACUGCGGGGACGGGGCUCGCGCCCGGCAGCUCGUGGUCCUGCUUCCAGAAUAUUUGAAGGAUGCUUCAAAGAAGAUGAAACAUGGGCUUAUGUUUGUAAAACUGGUUAACCCAUGUUCAGGGGAAGGAGCCAUUUACUUGUUCGAUAUGUAUCUACAACAGCUGUUUGAAGUAAAAGUUUUCAAGGAAAAACACCAUUCUUGGUUUAUAAAUCAAUCAGUUCAAUCUGGAGGUGCUCUGCACUUCACCACCCCCGUGGACCCUCUGUUCCUGCUUCUGCACUAUCUCACCAAGGCUGGGAAGGAGGGAAAGUUUCAGCCCCUAGAUCAAGUUGUGGUGGAUGACGUAUUUCCCAAUUGCAGCUUAUUGCUAAAACUUCCUGAACUUGAAAAAUUACUUCGCCACGUGACAGAGGAAAAAGAAAUAACCAACAAGAAAUACUACAAGUAUAGCAAAGAGAAGACUUUAAAGUGGCUGGAAAAAAAGGUUAAUCAGACUGUGGUUGCACUAAAAACCAAUAAUGUAAAUGUCAGCGCCCGGGUACUGUCGACUGCAUUUUUCUCCAGUGAUCAAGUUGCCAGUGACAAGGAAGAGGAUUAUAUUCGCUAUGCCCAUGGUCUGAUAUCCGAGUACAUCCCUAAAGAAUUAAGUGAUGACUUAUCUAAACACCUCCAGCUUCCAGAGCUUCCAGCUUCAUGGCCAAAUCCUCCAUCAAAGAUGGCAGCACCAAGACAGAAAAGGAACAAGUGACGGAGCUCCUCCGAGGCUUGGCUGUGCCUUCAACUUCAGAUGCGCCCAAAGGGCUCAGACUUUCCCUUCUGCACUUUCUAGAAAAUCACCAAGUGCCAAAGGUUUAUUGUAAAGUGCUGACUGUGAAUGCUUUGUUCCUCUGAGCAAUACCACUAGCCCUUGUGGGCGCAACCUUCCUCCCUGAGUCCUGGGCCAGGUGAUUCUGCCGCCUGGGAGUGGGCCAGCACCCCCGAGAGUACAUCCACCCAGAUUCGGAGGCGCCCGAGCCACCUUACCCUCUGCCCUGGCCCAGUGCCCGUAACAGUGGAUGUCUUUCCAACAUAGCACUUCAGAUUUCCAAAUGUGUGGAGGUGAAGGCGCUCGGUGAAAUUCGGGUGGUUUAGGAAGCCUGACCAUGCCUGUCAGGCAGGUCUGAAUGUUGGUGACGUAAGCACUUGAAUCCACCCUGAAAACCUUGGAAAACCAAACUUCAACCCUUACUUACCCCAAACCUGACCUUUCUUUACUGUGCCAUCAAUCAGGAAGCUUCUAAUUCAUAACAAUCCCUAAAUGUGCAUUUUAUGCUUUCCUGGAGUUAUAAGCAUUGCUUCAUUUUAAAUAAAUUUUCCAAGUAUGUCGUAGUUAUUAC